AAGUAGGUGGGCGGGGCCGGGCAGGCGGGACACGUCAGCGGUGAUCGGAGGAUGGAGCGGGCGGCGAGGGUCGUGCUGUGUGCGGCGGGGAUCGGGCUGUCGGUGUACGCCUAUCAUGUGGAGACUUCCCGGGAGAGAGACCCGGAAUACACCGCCCUGUGUGACAUCAACCCCGACAUCAGCUGCUCCAAGGUCUUCACCUCCAGAUGGGGUCGAGGCUUUGGAUUGGUUGAAGGUAUUUUGGGAGCACGGAGUCCCCUCAAUCAGCCCAAUAGUGUGUUCGGGAUCUUGUUCUACACCCUGCAGAUUGUACUCGGAUUUGUGCCCUCGUUGGCCGCAGCCGCCACCCUCCUAGUGACAUCACUGGUGUCCAUCGCCGGCUCCCUCUACCUGGCCUACAUCCUCUUCUACAUCCUGGAGGACUUCUGCGUCAUCUGCAUCACCACCUACGCCCUAAACUUCUCCUUGCUGCUGCUGAACGUGGUGCGGCUGCGCUACCUCACCGCCAAGCCCCAGAAGAAGAAGACGAAGAAGAACAAGCGCAAGACACACUAACGAUUGCCGUGACUCUUUCUGCAUUAUGUCGGCAACGACACUCAGGAAUUUUUAAUUGACAGUAUUACAACUUUUUUUUAUAGAAAUCGACAUUUUUAUUUUUAAAGGUUUCUUAGUGGUUUUGUCGCGGUUCAGGAUGAGUAGAGCGGUUCUGUCUGAAAUAUAUUCUGCUUGAUAUGAGGACCUUCCUGGGGGUGGCUGAGAAAUUUUUGGGAAGAUUGAAGCCAAUGAGGAACAGCUCAGGAAUUGGUGGUUCCCAAUUUUCCCUUUUCUAGGUACCUCAAGACUGAAUUUAUCGGACUCUUUUCUUACCCAUAAUCCUCUAGUUGUGUGGUUUUUAACACAACAGCAUAUGACCGCCUGCAGAUAGAACUGUCUGUGUAUCAUUUAUGCCGCUAAGUGCCUUCAGUAAAGGGUCAUCCUGUGUCUCCACCAUUCCAAGUCUUGUGUUGUCUUCUAAUAAAUUGGAUGUUUUACACAA